AUGUUGCCGGUGUCUUUUUUCUUGGUGCUUUUUGUAGUGCGACUUUUCCGUGGUGCUUUGCUUUUCUCUGCCCGGGGUCUGCGGUAUCUUGGAUCUCAGGAUCGACAUUUCUGGUGGAGUCCGUCUUCGACGCUAUGCUCGCUCCCAUUGAUUUCGGCUUGGCUGGGUCAUUUUGGUCGUUGGAAGGUGAAGCGGCAGAUUUUUUUCGUCGCCCGUGGCUUCUUCUUGGUCGCAAUAUCUGCCGCCUUUGGAGUGGGGAAGAAUCGAGAGCGUGACGGCGGAUUGAACAGCUCUGAAGGUGACGGAAGACAUGGUGGCGACGCCCCUCGUGGCGAUCUAUCAAGGAGCUUCUCGGAAUUUCGCAGUGGCCUUGUCGGAGUUCGUGAGGGAGGGUUGGGAGAGGAGGAAAGCACGAUCACUUCGGCAGAGCUCGCCAUCGUGGCCAGCGACGCGUUUCAAGUCAGAGGGCAGGAUAGUCACGUCGCGCUAGAGGCUUAG